AUGCUGGAACCAGAAAAUGACUCUUUAGUGCAGGUGGAGCCCGCCCAUACAAAAUGUUGGGUGUGUGUGCUGAGCUGCCUUCUGCUCGCCUGUCUGUACGUUGGCAGUUUGUACGUCUGGAGAAGCAGCUUACCCAGGGACCAUCCUAGUUUGAUAAAGCGUCGCUGUGCCAGUGUGCUGCUAGUCUCUGCACUGUCACCUGCAGUGGUGAAGGCAUGGAUACACUGGGCUGAUAUCAGGGUCGAUGUGUCUGUGUGGGAGUUGAUGGGAGUUCGUUUGGAAGCUCUGGUUCCUGCAGCCAUACUGCCGCUACUGAUAAAUAUGGCUUUCUAUCUUGGUCCCCUGGUUCAUUCUGCAAUGGACAACCCAGAAGGCUUCACGGGAGAACUGCAGAAUGUGCUAGAUGUUCAUUCAUGGAGGUUGUGUGUGGGAGAUGCAGUGUGGCUCAGGAACCAGGUGGUGGCACCAGUGACAGAGGAGCUGGUAUUCAGAGGGGCCAUGCUGCCCAUGCUGGUUCCCUGCACUGGACCCACAGCUGCCAUCUUCAUGGCUCCGCUGUUCUUCGGAGUUGCCCAUUUCCACCAUAUCAUAGAGCAACGGCGCCUCAGCAAGGACAAUCUGAGUGUCAUCUUCUUGGUGUCAGGGAUGCAGUUCUUGUACACAACUGUGUUUGGUGCCUUUACUGCCUUUAUAUUCAUGAGAACUGGUCAUGUUGUGGGUCCAGUUCUGUGCCAUUCAUUCUGUAACAGUCAGGGCCUGCCUGACAUCAGCUCCACCCUGCAACACCCUCAACGACCAGCUCUGCUCUUCUCGUAUCUGACCGGGAUGCUACUGUUUCUGGUGCUACUCUUCCCGCUGACAGACCAGUUCUUUUAUGGUGCCAUUCCCGUCUGCAGCCUGGCUCCCCCUCCAGCGUCUGUAUGCUAG